AUGACCAAAGAGCUAACAAAGAGAUCAAUUUUGAGCAAAAUUGGUCGUUUGUAUGAUCCUAAUGGAUUUAUCGCACCGGUAAUUACGCUAACAAAAUUGCUAAUGCGUGAUUUGUGGAAUUUGAAAAUGGGAUGGGAUGAGCCAGUUCCAUUAGAAUAUGUUUGUGAAUGGAAUACAAUUUGGAACCAAAUAUUGCAUUUGGAGAAAAUCCAAAUUCCGCGUUGGUUUGGAAUGAGUAGCGAUGUAAAUGUGCAAUUGCAUGGCUUCGCCGAUGCUUCGAGCAAAUGCUAUGGGUGUAGUCUUUAUUUGAGAAUAGAGAAAUUGACCGGGGAGAUUCAAUGCAAUUUGAUUGCCUCUAAAUCGAAAAUUGCACCACAGCUUAAAGCAGAGAAAACUCCGAAAGGGAAAGAGCAACCAACGGGAGUAUCAAUUCCAAGGUUGGAAUUGUCGGCGGCUGAGCUAUUAAGCCGUUACUUUGCAAUUGUAAGAGAGGCAAUGGAAUUGCAAAAUGUACCGUUUCGUUUGUGGACAGAUAGUAGCACAGCGCUUCAAUGGAUAAGCAAACUGGUACACGAGCUAAAAGUAUUUGUUGCGAAUCGAGUGAAAAAGAUUCACGAAGUCAGUACGAUAAAUGAUUGGUUUCAUGUGCGAACUAGUGAUAAUCCGGCUGAUCUAAUUAGUCGAGGAGUGCCACCAAGCGGCCUUGUAAAGAAUGAUUUGUGGUGGCAUGGGCCAUCGUGGCUUUCUAAGCCGCAAGCCGAAUGGCCAGAGCCGUUGAAAAUUCAUUCGGUUAAACCAUCUGCUGAUGUGCAAGCGGAAGUUAAGGUUUUGAGAUCAAAUGCUGUUUCAGUGCGAAGCAAGAAAUUGGAAAUAUAUGUGCCUAUAAUGAAGGAGAGAGUGCCGUUAAUUGAUUAUUCAAAUAACUUGAAUAAGUUGACGCGCAUUCUUGCUUACGCGAUGCGUUUUGUCCGAUUUUGCAAGGAUAAAAAUCGGAUUAAGCAUAAGCAAAUAGUAGACCUGAAGAAGUUGACUGGAAAUUAUUGCAAUUUCAUAUCACUAACAACGGAAGAAGAGCGCAGAGCCGCGCUCCAAUUCUUCAUUCAAGAAGAGCAAAUGCGUUCGUUUCCUUUGGAAUAUGAGCAUUACAAGGGAAGUAACGCCGAUGAAGAUAGAGAAGAAUUUCCAGCUAAGAGCCAUUUGUUAAAUUUGCGCCCAUUUAUGGAUAAAGAUGGAAUUAUCCGUGCCGGUGGUCGAUUAGGCGGUUCGGAUUUACCAUAUGAUGCAAAACAUCCAGUAAUCAUUCCGUCAAAAUCUCGCUUGAGUUAUCUCAUUGCAUGGGAAGCGCACAGUGCAACGAAGCAUGGCUCCAUACAACUGAUGCUCCAAUAUAUUCGUGCGAAUUUUUGGAUCCCGCGUUUGAGGCUGGAGCUGCGCUCAUACUUAAGCAAUUGCAUAACAUGCAUCCGGUAUGCUAAGCAUUUUGAGACUCAACUAAUGGCAGAGCUGCCAGCUGAUCGCGUGAGGCAGAAUCGUCCGUUUUUAAUAACUGGUGUCGAUUAUGCUGGUCCGUUCGAACUUUUGGAAAGAUACAAAAGUCGGUCCAAUAAGAGGAAGUGCUGGAUAGCCAUUUUUGUAUGCAUGGUGACCAGAGCAAUUCAUAUCGAUGCAGUCACAGAUUUGUCUGCGGCCGCUUUUAUUGCGUGCUUCGAUCGGUUCAUAGCGAGGCGAGGGCAUUGCAACAAAUUGUUUAGCGACAACGGAACUUCUUUUGUUGGUGCUAUGAAGGAAAUUAAAUGUGCAUUCCGUAACUGGACUUCUCCAGAAGUAAUGGAGCAUGUGAAUAAGAAAGGCACGCAAUGGGUUUUCAUGAAACCAGCGGCGCCGCAUCAAGGAGGAAUAUAUGAGGCGGCCGUCAAAUCGGCAAAAUAUCAUUUGAAACGUGUUAUAGGUGCCAAGAGCUACACUUACGAGCAAUUAAUCACGUUUUUGGUGCAAAUUGAGGCUGUGCUCAAUUCGCGCCCGCUCUACGCGCUGAGCGAUGAUCCGAGCGAUACGCAGGCAAUAACGCCUGGCCAUUUUCUUAUUGGCGAAUCAUUUGUUUUGCCACCGCCAAUUGCAGCACCGGCAAAAUCAGAUUAUUCGUUAAAAAGAGUGCGUGAAGAGCAACAACAAAUGCUGCAAGCAUUUUGGAAAAGCUGGCAAGCUGAUUAUUUGUCUACGUUGCUGCCGAGAAAAGUAUGGCUCAGAGAACAGUCAUUCAAAACGGGGCAACUCGUGCUCAUAAAAGAUGAAAAUUUAUCGCCAGCGCAAUGGCAAUUCGGUCGAAUCAAAGAGCUGAUUCAGAGUAAAGACGGAUUAGUGCGAUCCGUUGUUUUGCUGUUGCCGUCGAAAGACGAUAAACAAAAAACAUUGGUAAGACCGGUUCAAAAAAUUCGGCUGUUGCCAGUUGAACCAGCGCAUGAAAUUCCAGUUGAGCAUUUGAAUGCUGGAAUUAUGAAAUUCUAUAAAUCAAUCACGGGCAUUGAUUUCAUGAAAUCAAACCGUGUCUGUUUUGAGCAAGAGCAGUAA